UUAUAUAUAUUUUGGAUUUUUCCUAUCUGGAAGUCCUCUGUCAAAUCACCCCAUCGAACAAAUUCUCAGUGCCCACUAUCUCUGCGUCACUUUCUUGCCCUUUAAUUUCUUUAUCGAAUUGUUGUUAAUAUGUACUGUAAGAAAACCCUAAACUCAACUCAACUGAUCUCAGAAAAAAUAAAAAAAGGGCUAUACUUCUCUUGAAUCUAAUUAUCUUCUUCUUCAGACAAUAAAUUUAAUUAAAAUGAAAAACGCCAUCAGAUGCUGCAUAUCGUGCAUUCUGCCCUGCGGCGCGCUCGACGUCAUCCGGAUCGUCCACGUGGACGGCCACGUGGACGAGAUCGGCGCCGCUGCCGUUAAAGCGGCGGAAAUUUUGAAACUCCACCCCAAACACGUCCUUAGGAGGCCGUCGUCCUCACCGGCGGAGGGAAAGUGCUCCGGAAUCGUCGUCGAUGGCGUCAUCUCCCCCCAAGAAGUGCUCGAGCGUGGGAAGAUUUAUUUUCUGAUUCCCCUGCCGGAGAAGACCGGCCGGAAAGCGGCGCCGGAGAAGAGGAAGAAGAAGGAGCCGAGGAUUAGCGGCGUUGCCGGGACUGGAAGCGGCGGUGUUUCCGUGGCGAAUUUAUUCAAUUCCUACGGCCGCUCUUUGAGCGAAAUUCUGUCGGAGAGGAUCUCGGCCGUCCGGCGGCGAGGCCGCGGCGGCGUGUGGAGACCUCGGUUGGAAAGCAUUUCGGAGACGUUGCCGGAAGGGUAAGAAAUCCGUAGCUUGUACGGCGGUUCAUAUAAAACCCUUGUUUCUAAUUUCUCAAUUCGAAAAUUAAUUUCAAAGCCUUGUUAUUUUGUAUAGUUCAA